AUGUCUGUCUACACUGCCGUUACCACAACGUCUUCCUGCCAGAGGCUCUCGACCGGCCUUUCUCAAUCGCGCUUCUUCUUGGGUCCUGUCCUGCUCCUGCCUCCCGAGUUAUCAAAGUCCCUGAUCGCCAGACCAGCAGGCUUCGCAGCCGGAGUUGUGCCUCCGUUAGGAGCCUACGCCAUGGCAAAUCGUCGAGCCUCAGGCGACCGCCCGCGCAACUGGCCGCAAGAAUCAAGCAGCUCACAGGAAGAGCUUAUUGUCAAUCACGGAACCCGUAUUGUCAAGAAGCCAGAAAGACGGCCUAAGGUCCCACCACCGACAGAACGUGCUCAGCAGGAUGAAGGCUUUGCUCGAUUUCUCACUUCUCCAGCCCACCAGCGUGUCACUGCUGGUGGGAGCAUCGUCCCUAUGGAGCAGCGGUCUCGUCCCCCCACCUUUUCUUUGUCGCAACUGAUACAAACCAUCGAUUCGGAUCACAAGAUUCAGAUGCGUGACAGUGGCGUGGCAAAUAAUCAAACCGCAGAGCCAGGAACAGUCGUCCAGGGCAUGACAAAGCCAGACGUAGAGGACAAUAGCACCAUUCAAUCCCAGCCUUGGAUGCCUGCCACCACUGCUAUUCUCGAUCAGACAACAAUCACCGCUGGUAUCAACGUCAAUCUCAUCGCCACCAGUGAUGGACUUGCCAUUGAUCCGACCUCUGGUCAGCCACGAUACGUGCAACCUUUCCCAUCAGCACCAUGGCUUUCGGGCAUGUACAAAGAUCCAUGCUCUUUGCCGAAUGUUCCAGCAUUCCCUGGUGGUCAAAUACCUUUGAGUGCGCCGGCGCCGUUGCCUGGCUUGAACGGUGCUUUACCUGGUCCUUUAUCCACGCCAUUGAUGCCUUACCAGGGCCGGUUUUCGCGGCUCAAUGUGCAGGGGACUUCCAGCUCCGGAAGCGGACAAGAAACUCCAGACGUCACGUAUGGCCGACACAUGCUCAUGGACGCUUUGGGUAAUUUUGAAGACCUUGACCGGCAGCUCAAACUCCUUGAUCGACAUUGUGCAAUGAAUGAGUGUGAUCCUCAACCGUCAGAGCACCGCAUGGCGAUUGUUCAAUUGCGCUCGGAUGCAAAGUCACAAAUUACCUACUGGUCAGACGUGCUUGGUAUCCAUCCGAAAACUCUCCAGAAGCCAGCCACAGGUCCUCCAAACAGCACACUCCGUGUGAAAGCUGCUGUCCACGUUCCUCUGAAAGAUAAAGCGCCUCCUGCGACACUAUCCACCAAGCCUAGGGGUACUGCGGACCCAAACGGCGAUGCACCGCAGCUCAUUAAGCCGCAGUCUUCAUCCAAAGCAGAACGUCGUAUCAUUCCGAUCAUCACCCUUCCCGAGAUGCCAGAAACUCGUAAAGAUGAUAUGCUCGUCACGACUGUAUCUAGUCAUGGUUCGGUCCCUGUGGAUGAAUGGGGUGUCCGCAUCGGGAACGCGCCCGAUGAGAUAGCACGUCGACAAAACGAAAUGUUGGAAACAUUGAUUCGUGGAUCCAGCCCGUCGCCGCAAGAUUCCCCUCAUAAAUCAACUGACAAUGUCGCUAUUGGCACUCCUGACCCCAGUUCUAAUUCAGCCGGUCUCAAUGACCCGGCUCCAGGCAAGGAAGAGAGGGAAGAGUCAGAUAGUGAAGAGUGGUUGCCAACCAUGCCAGGACGUGCUCCAGCGUCAAUCGAAGCAUGCUACGAGUUGCAACUUGAUGCCAUGCGUCUUCCAAAAGGAUUCGUCAGCAGGGUCAGACUGCCGGAUGGUACCAUCACUGAAGUUCGAGGCCACGGCUUGCAACGACCUCCUUCAGUUGAGAUGGACGACUUCGAGAGACGUUAUUGGACAUCGAAGCCGACAUUGACCAAGGAAAUGACGGCAAAAUUUGUCGAAGUGCGAGCCUUUGACGAAGAGAUCCCUUCGAAUCGCCUUGAGGAGUAUCUCGACUUCGAUAAGCUCAACACGAAAAGCAACCGUGUUCAGACGAAGGAGAAUGCUCAAGCUGUCUUGUGGGGUAACAGCUCUGGAUUAUCGGAUGGACGUCACAGCAACCAUCUGCAGGCAGGACCAGAUCCUCAAGGCCGUUCUGAUGAACUCAGACGAAAAACGUACAAUUUAGCACCGGAUCCAUCCGGUCCGAGCUCUUCGGCAUUCAAAGAUUCCACAGCAUCUUCAGUACCUAUCUGGACUCGUGGAGAUGGCGGAGAUGGCUGUUUGGCCAGCGAGCAUUCUAGGACUGGCCGUGAGCUUUCUCAAGAAGCAGUCAACGACAAAGGCUUUUCAUCUGCGGUGGACAGCCAGCGACAUUCAAUCGAAUCAAUCUUCUCGGCGGUUGGCAAAGGAAGAAAUCUACAGCCAGCACCAAAACCAGUUGGUCCUCGAGGAAGAAUUAAUGUACCACAGCUUCAGAAAGUUGGUGGGUUUUGGAGUGUAUGA